GACGUCACUGGUGAUUUGGAAGAUGUCUAGCUGAAACUUAAACCCCUGCGUUGUUUUUAAGUUACUAUGAAUAAAUGUUGACAGAUGCGGAGUUCGUAUUUUAAGCCUGAAAAUGGCUCAAACUGCUCGUAUACCAAACUAAAAGGGGUGACUAAAGCGUCCUCCUACGGUCCAGCCAUGCCUCAGAAAGUCCCAAAGAGCAGCCAGACUUCUCACUACAUCGAGCUGGGAGGGUACCAGUACUGGCCCGUUCUUGUUCCUCGAGGAAUCAGACUGUAUACCUAUGAACAGAUCCCCACAUUCCUGAGGGAGAACCCAUACAUCACGGACGGAUACAGGGCCUACCUGCCCUCCAGACUCUGCAUCAGAAGCCUCUUCAUCCUGUCCAAUGAGACGGUGAAUAUCUGGAGCCAUCUCUUGGGCUUCCUGCUCUUCUUCUGCAUCGGCGUGUACAACAUGUCACUGGUGCUGCCGGCCUUUGGUGCAUCGAGAGAGGACUACGUUAUCUACUGCAUCGUACUCUUCUGCUUCCAGCUGUGCAUGCUGUGCUCCGUGGGUUAUCACGUCUUCUGCUGCCAUCGCUCCGAGAAGACGAGUCGCCGCUGGAUGGCUCUGGACUAUGCCGGGGUCUCCAUCGGCAUCCUGGGCUGCUACGUCCCCGGGGUCUUCUACACCUUCUACUGCAACAAUUACUGGCGUCAGGUGUACCUGGUGACCGUGUUGGCGAUGACUCUGGCGGUCUUCUUCGCUCAGAUUCACCCUCACUACCUGAGCAAACAGUGGAAGCAGCUCCGCUCGCUCAUCUUCGUCUGCGUGGCCGGCUACGGCCUCGUCCCCACUGUGCACUGGAUCUGCCUCACGGGGGGGUUCUCCUCCGACCUCGUCCAGAUGUUCGUUCCUCGGAUUCUGGGCAUGUACUGCAUCGCUGUCUUAGCUCUCAUCUUCUAUGUUUCAAAGGUUCCUGAACGCUACUUCCCAGGUCAGCUGAACUACCUGGGCUCCAGCCACCAGGUGUGGCACCUGCUGCUCGUUCUCAUGUUUUAUUGGUGGCACCAGUCCACAUGUUGCAUCAUGGCAUACCGACACAGCCAGCCAUGCCCCGACGCCCCCCAGCACGCCUAAAACACGGAUCUGCAGGCCGGGACCAUCACUGUUGGACUGCUGGUGAUUGGCUGCAAAUUUCCCAUCAUGCACUGCUGCACAGCUGGUGCCCCAUCGUCUAACCAUCAAUCUCAGCUUCAUCUCAGAGCGACUCACUCUUCCUCAGUCUUCCCACUCCAGCAGAGUCUGUGAGCAGCAGACGGACCGGUAGCGCAGUAGGGUAGGGAUUUUUAAACAAAAAGACUUUUAAACGUUUGUAGAAAUGUUCACCGCAUCGACUCCAAACACUGGAAGUCUGCAGGAGAACGAUGGAAGCAUCCUCAUCUCAGACACAGCAGCAAGAAAAAGUUACACAUAAUAAUAUGUAUUUAAUAUAUAUCAUAAAAACAAACUUCCACUCCUCUUCUAUGUGAUAAAUGAAAGAGUCUGUAAGUGCCUGUUACUGAAGCGUCUUUUAUAAAUGGUCAUAUUAUCCCUUAAAAACAGCUGUAUUGUUACUAGCCUGUUAAUGUCUUAAAGAGACAAAUGAAAUGUUUUCACUCCUUUAUAUCUUUUAUUUUGAAAGGACACUGAAAGGCAAAUAUUACUCCUCAUAUUAGCAUGGUUCUGGUCAGUCAGAUACCAUGUAGUACCACUUGGUACCAGAUACUGUAUCAUUGUGUCCUUUAAAGCAGUGGUUCUCAACCUUUUCAGCCCAGGACCCCAAAAAUAAAGGUGCAAGAGACUGGGGACCCCCACUGGACCUGAAGGUGGUUGAACACAGCCAUGCACAAUCUAGGAUCUUGGGCAGACAAGGCGGCCCAUAAGGGGGGAUAAAGGGGAGAGCUUUAACCUGAAAAAUAAACACUCUUAGCGAAGAAGCAAGUAUAUUUUUUUAUUCAUUUGUGUGGUAGAUAGCCAUUAAAAAUGGGUUCAAAUCU